CGCACUGAAUGGCACGGCUGUAAAGAGGCAGGGCUGGGAGGCAGAGACACACGACACAGGUCUGCUCGGCAGAGGAGGAGGACUCAGUUCAUAGCCAGCCUGCGGUGGAAAUAAACGCUGCGUGUCCUACUCUAAACCGCAGUUUUGUAUCGGUGGCGAGUCGCGUUGAAGAAACAGAAAGGUAAAGACUGCAGCAGCCGCUCAGACGGGAAUAUUUCCACAAGACUGCGCAGAAGAAGAAGACGAUUACUAAGGUCCUGUGACAACUCCUGAUGAUUGCUCAGCCUGACAAUCAAGAGCUGCUGCCCUGAUUGCUGCUCGUCAGGCACAGCUUUUCAUUAAGCAAGAUGUCUACGGCCACAGAAAAUGGGACAGGAGGGAAUCGGAGCUCAGAGAAAACCUACAAGAAGACCACAUCCUCGGCGUUAAAGGGAGCCAUUCAGCUUGGUAUUGGCUAUACAGUGGGAAACCUCACCUCCAAGCCUGACAGAGAUGUUCUUAUGCAAGACUUCUAUGUGGUGGAGAGUGUCUUUCUGCCCAGUGAGGGAAGCAACCUGACUCCAGCACAUCACUAUCCUGACUUCCGCUUCAAGACGUACGCCCCGCUGGCCUUCCGCUACUUCAGAGAUCUGUUCGGCAUCAAGCCAGAUGACUACCUGUACUCCCUGGUAAACGAGCCUCUGAUUGAGCUGGUCAACCCCGGGGCCAGCGGCUCUCUCUUCUACCUGACCAGCGACGAUGAGUUCAUCAUUAAAACCGUUCAGCACAAGGAGGCCAAGUUUCUCCAGAGGCUGCUACCUGGAUACUACAUGAACUUGAACCAGAAUCCACGCACUUUGCUUCCCAAGUUUUACGGCCUGUACUGCAUCCAGUCUGGAGGCAUCAACAUCCGAUUGGUGGUGAUGAACAAUGUGUUGCCUCGCUCUGUCAAAAUGCACUACAAAUACGACCUGAAGGGAUCCACCUAUAAGAGACGAGCGUCCAGGAAAGAGAGAGAGAAGGCCUGUCCGACCUACAAAGACUUGGACUUUCAAGACAUGCACGAGGAGGGGCUUUACUUUGACGCCGAGACGUACAACAACCUCAUGAAGACUCUGCAGAGAGACUGUCGGGUGCUUGAGAGUUUCAAGAUCAUGGACUACAGUCUUCUGCUGGGCGUGCACGUCCUGGACCACAGAGAGGGGGGCGAGCAGGGUCAGGCAGGGGGUGAUGGGAGGAGACCCGUGGCUCAGAGGGUGCUUUACUCCACCGCCAUGGAGUCCAUUCAAGGAGACGGCAAGGCUGCUGAAGCCCUCACCACUGAUGACACGAUGGGUGGCAUCCCAGCCCGGACACACAAAGAUGAAAAGCUGCUCAUCUACCUGGGCAUCAUAGAUAUUCUACAGUCAUACAGGUUCAUUAAAAAGUUGGAGCACUCAUGGAAAGCCCUGGUGUACGAUGGUGACUCCGUCUCAGUCCACCGGCCCGGGUUUUACGCCAGCCGCUUCCUGAAGUUCAUGAGCACACGGGUCUUCAGGAAGACUCAACCAAUUCGAUUCUCCCCUUCAAAGAGGACCCGCACUUCCAUCCCUGCUCUGAAGUCGUGCUCACAGGAGAUCCUUUCAUCGCAAGCGGAUGAGAGGAACGAGGAGGACAGGAGGGACCGGCUGGUAGGAGCGCGCAGCCUCGCCAGCCUGGAUGGACAAGCCGUGUUCGGUUCAUAUCUGCGCCCCGACAUUGUCCCAGCCAACCCAUCCUUCUACGAGGGCUCCUCCAUGGGAACUAUCUCCACCUCCUCCAUCUUUGUAAACGUGGAAAACCAAACAGAGGACAGGGAUGACGUCGCAUCCAGCUCCACCUUCACCCUGGAGGACAGUGCCAUCUGCCUUACGUCGGAGCAGAGCACCAUGGACGUGGACAUGGAUCGAGAUGACGGAUCGGUUCUUGACGUCUACCUGUGAAAGGAGCAGCUUUACAAACAUUCAUUUUCUCCUGCCAAGCAUAAGACAAUCGCCACACCCCCACUGGACAGGCCAUGCUGGCGUUUGACUCACUUUCAGUGCUGCUAGAUCCAUGUUGCCACUUGUCUUUGCCAACACAUCAAAAAAAGUACUGAGAUUUCCACUGGUUGUUGGACGAAAA